GCUUCCGCUUUAGUUCCCCGGAGCACUGGGUAAGUGUCUAGUAUUUGCCCGAAGUUGGGGACGCCGUGUACUUUGUGGCUCGCCCCAGGCCGUGGCCCUGGGGUGGGAGGCUGACGGUGCUGUCUGUCCCUGGGCCAGGAGGCCGGAGGAGAGCCUCUUCACCGGCUGCGCUGAGAUGGAUCCGCUCAGGGCCCAACAGCUGGCUGCGGAACUGGAGGUGGAGAUGAUGGCUGAUAUGUACAACAGAAUGACCAGCGCCUGCCACCGGAAAUGCGUGCCUCCCCACUACAAGGAAGCGGAGCUGUCCAAGGGCGAGUCUGUGUGCCUGGACCGAUGUGUCUCCAAGUACCUGGACAUCCACGAGCGAAUGGGCAAGAAGCUGACGGAGCUGUCCAUGCAGGAUGAGGAGCUGAUGAAGAGGGUGCAGCAGAGCUCAGGGCCUGCGUAAGGCCCCAGACGGCACACACCCAGGGGUGCACCCUGCCCCUGCCCAUUCUUCGCGAGAAAGUGCUCCCUCCUGGGUGUCUCUGUGAAGACCACCGGGCCUGUGCCCUCUGGAGAGUGUCCAGGGGCCCGGGCUGUGGCAGAGCUGUCCUGACUGAAGAAGGGGUAUCUGUCACACUGGAAUGUGACUGUGAUCGUGUGUGUAUAUGUAUAUGUGUGUGUGUAUGUAUAUAUAUAAACAAGGUUGUCAACACUA